UUAUGUGAUGCUUUAUCCACCACAUCGUCUCGCCAUCUGUGCCGUGUGCCGCGUACACUAGUCCUGGAAGGAAAAUGUCACCGUUUGCGGCUCUGGCGACGACAGUCACGCUUGAGGACAUAAAGAAUAAGGCCGUAGGAGAUUUCAAACCUCAUGAGACGGCAGUCCUUGCCCUUUCUGCUGACUGCCGAUCCCAAGGUUAUCAGGCGAUGUGUUUGCCACUAACCACUACGAAAUGGCAGGAGCGGUGGAAAAACAUGUGCAUCGUGCCCUCUGUAGAAGAUGCUGGAAACGAAGCGGCCAUAGCAGCUGACAAAGAAGCCGAGGCUUGGAGGAAGUCUCCUUCAUUCCUACUUGAUGAGGUGACGAUUACAAGACUAGAUGAGGCGGAGUUCGUGCUCGCAAUGGCAUCUGAAUGGCUGCGCCUCGAUUCCGACGAUGAUUGGGUCCGCCAUGAUUCAGGCAUUGCUUUGCGACAGGAAGUGGCUUAUGCAUCCUAUCUCAAUGUCCAUACAAUCAUCCUGCCCCCACCUCGAAACCGAUCACAGGUCGCCUCCUAUGCACGCGUCAUCAACGAGUGUCUAAAAAGCAUCCCAUAUAUGCAAUUCUCCGUCCGGCUGCCCAUAUAUGAUCCCGCUGUGUUUCAAUCCAAGGAACCUUCUUCACCUAUGUCUCACGGCGAUCACGGGUGGAGUGGAGCGUCGUCGCCUCCGCACGCACCAACUACACCACCGAAACUUGCCACCCCAGGCUCAUUUCCACCGGGAUCUCUUAGAUCCACCAAGGCGCCCGAGGGCGAACUCAACGCUACUUGGGAGAUGUGGGAUAUCAUCCGCAACGUCUGCGACUACAAUAUACGGUUGACCCUCGCCUUGGAUCUGACUCCUCCGCUCCCGGCCAACGCCGGAGUGCUUGGCCGCUGGGCGGCCGAGCCUGUGACGCACAUCUUUUUGCCUGCAUCGGCAUUCAUCGCUAACGUGAAGGGAUAUCCAGUUUUGCCAAAAGGUACUCAGAUGUUUCUCCGUCAAAGCAUGAUCCAUCGGCCCACUUUUAUCCUAUCUGGCGUUAGGUGCGGACUGCACGCGCAAGGAGGCGAAUCGGCGUACGCGCAAUAUGUGAAAUACCUCGAGAAAUCGAGCCCGUCCGUCCAGGCAAUGAAGACAGAAGGAACCGUCGAAAACUUUGGACAAGGUUACCAGGAUUAUCUACAGAAUCCAUUACAGCCGUUGAUGGAUAACCUGCAGUCGAUUACGUAUCAAACCUUCGAGCAGGAUCCCGUCAAAUACCACAACUACGAAGAGGCCAUCUACCGCGCACUGGUCGACCUGCCUGAUAGUGACCGCAUUGUGAUAUGUGUCGCUGGUGCGGGGCGUGGACCCCUCGUGGCCCGUAGUCUUAAGGCUGUCCGGCGGUCCAACAGGCAGGCUUUCAUCUACGCGCUGGAAAAGAACCCGACUGCGUGGAUUACUUUGCAGGAACGUAAAGCCAAAGACUGGGGCUCCCCAGUAGAGCUCGUUUUUGGAGACAUGAGACAUGUCGAACUGCCCGAGAAAGUAGACAUUCUGGUCAGCGAGCUGUUGGGUUCGUUUGGCGAUAAUGAACUCAGUCCUGAGUGUCUUGACGGCGCAAUGCGUUUCUUGAAGUCGGAUGGAAUUUCUAUACCGAGUUCGUACACCGCGUAUCUCGCCCCUCUAUCUUCUUCGAAGUUAUACAACGCGGCGCGGGAGAGCAGGGAGUUGAAGGGUGUAGAGACGCCGUACGUGGUGAUGUUCCAAAAUGUCAAUCUGCUGAGCGGCGAUGGUGGUGGUGUUGGGGGGCGAUGUGGUCCCAAAAUCCAGGAGUGCUGGGAUUUUGUGCACCCUAGAGGAGAUGUGGCGGUCGAUGAUGGAGGACUUCCAUUUACGAAUAGUCAUAACGUCCGUGCUGCUAGGUUGUGUUUCCACAUCCCACAUGCGGGUGUGAUGCACGGAUUCGCGGGGUAUUUUGAAGCUGUACUCUAUGGCCACGUUGGCUUGAGCAUCCACCCACAACGAAAGGAUUACAUAUCCAAAGACAUGCUGAGCUGGUUUCCACUGUUUUUUCCACUACGUGAGCCUCUGUAUUUACCUAGCAACUCAGAGGUGCAGGUGUCUCUAUGGCGAUUGACCAACGACCGACAAGUGUGGUACGAAUGGUUUGCAGAAUCGUUUCUUCCGGUGUUCAAUUCGCCGUCGCCGGUGGAUCAAUCUGAGGACGUUUUGGGUCCAGACGGGUCCUUCUUCGCAUCGACUUCGACACAUGUUGCGGUACCCAGCCCGUUGAUUGAUGCGAUAGAUGCGUUCCCGUUAACCCCACGUUCUGUCGGGCCAAGAACAGGGGCGGAAUCGGCCAGGUCGGCUUCUGGUGUGGUGAAAAUUGGGCAGACUGCCCUCCACAACCCUGGCGGGCGGAGUAGUUGGAUAGGGCUGUGACGAGCGCUGUCAGCUGACACACCACCUGACACUACCGACAAUAGGUACGCACAGCAGACUAGAUACAAAUUCAGUGCUGC